AUGGACACGUUGGCCAAGUGGCGACCCAAGGCUGACAUGAACUUGAAGGCGCACGAAAUGGAUAGCCAGUCAAAAUACAACCUAGCGGUACCAAGUACGCAUCUCGUGUACUCGGAGAUCCUCUCAGUCACUUCUGCGAUGCGCAAGAACUCUCGCUGGGCCACACCAACCGCGUAUUAUCCAUCAUCAGCACGAGUCUCAUUGGCUAGCAGCCUUGGUCUACGUGCAGCUACGAAUAAUGAGCGCGAAGGACGUGUUCAAGGCCGGAAGAAUGUAGAUCUCAUGGUCGGCUUUGAAGAGUUGAAGAGAGACGUAAGGGCGUUGGCUGAUCUUAGCGAGAUGCCUUUGACCGCCAUACUCGCGCCUUUCCUUGCUCUAAUUCGCUCUGAUAUUUCGACCGCACCGAUUGUAUCAGCGUCCUUGUCAUCUCUUCAUUCCUUCUUCGUUUGCGGACUCAUAUCACCAAACUCUCCAGAUCUCCGACCAGCCCUUUCCGAGCUCAGUAACACUGUCUCUCACUGCAAAUUCGACGCAGGGAACAGUUCAGCCGAUGAAGCAGUCAUAUUCCGGAUCUUGACUGUAGUCAGAGACUGUAUCUGUGGUCCAGUAGGGCCCCUGCUUGGGGAUAUCGAAGUCUGCGAAAUGCUCGAAACGGUCCUCACAACUUGCUGCCACGUGAGAUUAGGAGAGGCUGUCAGGAGAGCUGCAGAAUACUAUAUGCAUGACCUCGUCAGAGUGAUUUUUCGCCGUCUCGAAACUUUGGAGCCCACGGAAGAUGAAGCAUUGGAUAAUGAAAACAGUGAACUACGUGUAACUGUGUCACCUACGAGAGAAGAUGCACCUCCAAGUAUGGAGCAGGUGCUGGAUAUUGAUCCAGAAGCGCCUGAAAGAGAGAAGACCCCAGUUCCUGUUGCACAGAACCAAAACACGACCCCAUACGGCCUCCCGUCCAUCUUUGAACUCCUCAGAGCCUUGAUAUCUCUCCUGGACCCCACAUCCCAACAGCAUCACUCUCGUUCACAUUCAGACAGCCUCUUCAUCCCUUCGCUCACAACGCUAAACGUUGCAUUUUCUUCUGCGGGUCCUACUAUUGCUCGCUUCCCACAACUCCGACAACUCAUCACGGAUGACGGAUGCAAGUUUCUGUUUCAACUGGCGAGGAGUGACAAUCCUACCGUCCUCUCGCUCGCCCUCCGAACAUUGGCUACUAUCCUCGAAACCAUGCGAUCUCAUCUGAAGCUUCAGCAAGAGCUCUUGUUGAGCUUCCUUGUUGACAAGUUGACGCCUCCUGUGAGUAGUGUUACAAACGCCGGAGGCCGACUUCAGCUCGGAGUGCCACCCAACCGCCGGGCUGCUCUGAGUGGCUCAAACGCCAGCACGAGUGAUUUGGCAGAUAGAGAGCGAGAACGGGAAGGCUCCGAGGCAGAAGACAGCAGACCACCUUCCCGGGCUGGACGUUCUGGAGUCACGCCUGCUCGGGGAGAAACAAGGGAGCUAAUGCUGGAGAUACUUGGCCACCUAAGCCGAUAUCCUGAAUUCAUGGUGGACGUUUGGAGUGUACAACAUGCGGAUCCUCAGCAAAAGGGUGCACAAGUGCUGUGUCUUGACCUACUGCUCUCCUUCGUUAGCAAUAUGGCAGGCAGGGUUGAACAGAAAUUCCCAGAUUGGCCAGAGGACUAUCCAAGUAUUCCUGCCAUCCUGGAGUCAAAAUCGAAGAAGCUUCUCUUGCUCACCGCUGCAGCCAGAUUCAACAAAAACCCAAAAGGCGGCAUUGCGUUCCUCGAAGAGCAUGGACUCCUCCAAUAUGAUGUCGCAAGUUCGGCGACAGAGGCUGAAGUCGCGGCGAGUAGAGUUCGAAGUAUUGCAUAUUUCCUGAAGAACACUCCUCGUAUCGACAAGAAGCUCAUCGGGGAAUUCAUCGCCAAACCAGACAACAUUGAUAUCCUCAAGUCUUUUAUCGGACAGUUUGACUUCUAUGAGGUUCCAAUUGCAGAAGCAAUGAGAGAAAUGUUGGAAAGCUUCCGGCUACCGGGAGAAUCUCAGCAAAUCGAAAGAAUAACGGAUACAUUUGCUGCCAAAUACUUUGCUUCCAAGCCAGCGGAAAUCAAGACUCAGGACGCUGUCCAUGUCCUCGCGUUCGCUAUCAUUAUGCUUAACACUGAUCUACAUAAUCCUCAAGUUCGAAAACGAAUGUCAUUCGAAGACUUCAAGCGCAAUCUACGGGGAGUAAAUGAUAAUUCAGAUUUCUCGCCCGAAUUUUUGAAAGCCAUCUACGACAGCAUUAAGAAACGAGAAAUCGUAAUGCCAGAAGAGCAUGUCGGACAACUUGGUUUCGACUAUGCUUGGAAGGAGUUGCUGAUCAGAUCCAAGCAGACUCGACCGCUCAUGCUCUGUCAUACGUCUGCGUUUGACCUUCAUAUGUUCAAGCUCGUGUGGAGACCUGUCGUCGGCAUGAUCGCCACUGCGUUUAGCACCUUCAACGACGACUAUAUUGUGGAGAAAAUUAUCACUGGUUUCCGAGACUGUGCGACGCUGGCUAGCCACUUUCAGCUUCCAGAGGUGUUCGACUUUAUUGUCAUGUCUCUAGCGUACUCGACUGGUCUCGCAGAGGGUGUCAACUUCCCGAGACAAUCCAACUUCCCUGUUGUUGAAGUCGAGGGCCAGAACAUCACAGUAUCCGCUCUAUCUGUGCGAUUCGGAACCAGCUUGCGAUCGCAAUUGGCCACUGUGGUCCUGUUUACCAUCUUGAACGGAAACCUUAAUAAUCUACGGGAGAGUUGGGCACCGGUAUUCGACAUUCUGCAAAAUCUAUUCUUGUAUUCCCUCCUCCCACAAUCAAUGGCGCAAAUGGAGGACUUCCAAGGAAAUGCCUAUCCCAUCGCGUUGGCAGUACCAAAGCCUGUUCAAUCGACGCAAAGAUUGGACGGUGGAUUGCUUUCCGCAUUGUCCUCAUACCUUCUUACACCGUAUGGCUCGAGUACCGAUGCUCUCAUUGAGGCUACCCCAGAAGAAAUCGAGAAGACCAUGUGCGCCGUUGACUGCAUAGGUGUCUGUCAUCUCGAAGACCUCAAUAACCAGAUCAGAGCGUUAGAACUCGAACCACUAAUGGCGGCGCUUCGAACGAUGCAAGACGCUGCCAAUAAGCGAAGUCUUCACAAGCUCAAAGUCAAACAAAAUGAAGAGCAAGCCCCUCACGCUUCUGCGCCUACGGGAGAUCGUGCAAUUCAACCCUUGCCUUACGAUGCAGCGAGUAUUUUCCUGCUCGAAAUGAUGACUAGCAUUGUUUUGAACACGAGGCAAUAUGUAAAUGACGUUUGGCCGCUUGUUUUUGACCAUAUCUCGGCUUUGCUUUCCCAGGCACAGUGGUUUAGUUCCUUGUUGAUUGAACGUGCUGUCAUAGAUCUGUUGAGGAUCUGUGAACCUGCAGCAGAGGAGCCGAGCCUUCGUGAUCAGCUUUUCGUCGCUCUGGACACCAUUGGAGGUCUGCCACCGGAUGUUCUCAGUGCUGUAAGUCAACCACUUGUCGACGGAUUAGCCAUGUUGCUGCAGAAGCAUCGCUCUGCUAUUCGUUCCCCCACCGAAUGGAAACUCACAAACGGACUACUUCGGAUGACGGCUCAUAACCCGGUAGCAUGCAAGCAAACAUUGGACUGUAUCAACCACUUGAUGGCCGAUGAAUCGCUUCCAGUAGAUGCGGUUGAAGGAAUUGUCAUGGUCUUGGAUGAUAUCGCCACGUUGGCCGGCACAGUGGUGGAACGCAGAAGGCCGCCAGCCGCGCAAUCUUCAGAUCCUCGCAUAGAGCGCGGAUGCUCAGCUGUUGAGGCCCUCUUCGAAAGCCGAAAGAUGCUCCCUCGUCUAGCGGCCAGUGAGGCUGGCCAGAAACAAGGUUGGGCCGCAUAUGCACUACCUAUCAUCGUAUCCCUCAGUCAUCAAUCCGUGAAUCCGAGUCGAGAAGUACGACAUGCGGCGAUCGUAUACUUCCAGCGCAUUCUUAUGAGCCCUCAAUUAAUCCGUCUUUCCGCUGGUCCAAGACUUGCUCGACCCCGAGUCUUUGGUCGUGAUCCACUUCCGGGUGGGAUGCCAGAAACCCGCCUUCGCGCAUCCAACCUACUAUGUCGUGGCUUUUUGUACUAUCUCGAUGCGCUGUCGCUCGAGCCCCAUACUCUCACCACGCUGUGGUUGGAGGUUCUGGAUCUGCUAGAAGAGCUCAUAAAGAUUGAUAAACGAUCGCAACUGGUCGAAGCCGUGCCAGAGUCUCUUAAAAAUGUCUUACUCGUAAUGCAGGCUUCGGGGGCGCUCUUGGGCGAGCAAACGCCAGACGAACGGCCAGAAGAGAUCAAGGAACGGUGGAAACUUACACAAGAAAAGCUAGAUAGCUUCCUCCCAGGAUUCCUCCUCGACGUUAUUCCACUACCUGUCCAAGAGCCCGUAACUGCCGUGCCGGCGACACAAGGAGGAUCAUCUCAGUAG